CAUGCUUCCCGGGCGGCGGUUCCCCGUCGGGCUCGGCCUCCUGCUCCUGCUGCUGCCGCUCCCGGGCGCGCCUGGGCGGCGCGGCGCGGGGCCGCCGUGGGAAGGCACCGACGAACCGCGUUCGGCCUGGGCCUGGCCCGGCUUCCAGCGCCUGCGGGAGCGGCUGCGGGCGGCCGGCGCCCUCUCCAAGCGGUACUGGGCGCUCCUCAGCUGCCAGGUGUGGCCGGACGGCUGCGAGGACGACGGGGAGGCAGCCGCGGGGGCCCCGGGCUGGAGCCUUCCCCUGUUGGGCCAGCAGUACCUCGACGUCCUGACCGCGUGGUACUGCAGCUUUCAGGACUGCUGCGACGGCGGGGACUGCAGGAUCUCCAACAACGUCACAGGCCUGGAGGCAGACCUGAAUGUGCGACUGCAUGGCCAGCACUUGGUCCAGAAGCUGAUCCCAAGAACAGUGAGGGACUACUUAGCGAGGCCCCGGCCAGACAAGGCCCUGGCCCUGUCGUUCCACGGCUGGUCUGGCACAGGCAAGAACUUCGUGGCACGGAUGCUGGCGGAGAACCUGUAUCGGGACGGGCUGAAGAGCGACUGUGUCAAGAUGUUCAUCGCCACGUUCCACUUUCCUCACUCCAAGUACGUGGACCUGUACAAGGAGCAGCUGCUGGGCCGGAUCCAGGAGACGCAGCAGCUCUGCCCCCAGCCCCUGUUCGUCUUCGACGAGGCUGAGAAGCUGCACCCGGGGCUGCUGGAGGUCCUUAGGCCACACUUGGAACGCCGGGCCCCUGAGGGCCAUGGGGCCAAGUCCCCGAGAACCAUCUUUCUUUUUCUCAGCAACCUUAGGGGCAACGUCCUCAAUGAGGUGGUCCUGAAUUUGCUAAAGGCUGGAUGGUCCCGGGAAGAAAUCACAGCGGAACACUUGGAGCCCCACCUCCACGCUGAGAUCGCGGGGUCCACAGACAGUGGCUUUGGCCGCAGCUGUCUGGUGAGGGACAACCUGAUUGACCACUUUGUCCCCUUCCUGCCGCUGGAGCGCCGCCACGUGCGCCUGUGCGUCCGGGACGCCUUCCUGAGCCAGGGGCUGCGGUACGCUGAGGAGGCGCUGGAUGAAGUCGCCGACAUGAUGGUGUACGUGCCCAGGGAGGAGCAGCUCUUCUCUUCUCAGGGCUGCAAAUCUGUUUCCCAGAGAAUUGCCUACUCCCUGCCGUGAAGGCUGGGUGACGC